AUGCAGGCCCUCAGCCGGAAGCGGCCCCGGCCCGGCCCCACGCAUGCGCGCUCCUCCCGAGCGGCGCUCGCACCGCUUCCCGCUGUGCUCGGCGCCCCCCGGGCCGGAGCGAGGCUGCGCGGCGGCCAUUGGCUGCGGGCGGCUCCUCCCCGCGCCUCGGGCAGCUCGGGCAGCUCGGGGCCGUGCGGGGACGGCCGUGCGGGGACGGCGAGCCCCGGGCCCCGCGCCGCCCGUGUGCGGGCCGUGCGAUCGCCGCUAACGGCCGGCCCCGCUCGGUGCGUUGCAGCCGGGAGCGCCUGGCACCGCGCUGACCGUCCGCCCGUGGAGCCGGCAGCGGAGGACGAGCGGCGGCACGACGAGGACCGGGACGACGACGACGACGACGACGACGGACGAGGACGAGCGGAGCCUGCGGACGGCCCUCAAGAAGCUGCGGCUGGACGCGGCGCGGCGGCACGAGGACGAGGAGGAGCAGCAGCAGCAGCAGCAGGACGACGACGAGGACGAGGACGACGACGACGAGGACGAGGAGGAGCGCAGCCUGCGGACGGCCCUCCAGGAGCUGCGGGUGGACGCGGCGCGGUGUGAGAGGACUGCAGGAGGACCGGCCGGUCUCUCACGGCACGGACGUUCCAGGUCUCCUGUCCUGUAUCCUCCCACGUUUACGCACUGCGGCACAAAACACAAAACCCGGUCACACACACCAAAGACUCACGUCCGUUCCAGUGUUUGUGCUACAGCAGAACACGGCACAGAGGACAGACACAGUCCUCACUUUGAGGCCAGCCAUGGCAGAAGAGCCACAGCUGAACCUCUGCUGAACCACCGCUGCGGGGCCUGUGGGGAAGUCACGGGAGAACUGCCUCGCUCUGCCCUCAUCGUCUCACUCUGACUCACACAACAGCCAAACCUCACUUUUCCUUUCCUUAUCCACGCUUCACAGAUCCAUCUGUGAAACAGCCCUGUGCAGCCCUCCCGCAUCCCGUUCUGUGGAGGCUCACGCUUAUGUCAGUGACGUGACUGUGGAAGACCUGGCAGGGUACCUGGAACACCAUCUGCAUAUACCAAAGAAAAUGUCUGCCAUGGCAGAAAUGAUGUAUUCAUAACCAAACAGCAAAAACAGUCACAGUCCUAAGCGUUAUCAGAAAUUUAAAUGGCUCGUUUGUGCCAUAUUUGUAAUGUUCUGUUUCAUGUACAGUUUAGUUUUGUAAUUAAGAGAAAAACUGUACAUAGUUGCAUAGACUCCUGUGGCUGAAAUGAUGUAUACUUAACUGAAAGCCAUAUUCAGUCACAUAGUAGUACAGUUUAUUUUUGUAACUCGAAUAAAAACUGUAUAUAGUCUCAUA